AUGGCGCGCAAACUGCCAUGGGCACGACAAGGCGCAAGUGGCCAGAUAAGGCAACGGCCACGGCCACCACGGUCUGCACAUCGCCGGUCCUUUUCGCCUAGUGCAUCGAGUCGCUUAGGACGUCGCAAGGACGACAAUGACGACGACGACGACAACAGCGGCGACAGCCACAACGAAGGCAACACCCGCCGUGCGCCCAAGAUAGCCAAGUCCUCGUCUUCAAAGGGAAGCGCACAUGCGUCUCAAAACCAACAAACAGUCCGCACACCGUCCACAUCGCCACCACCGGCACCGCCCCCAGAAAGCUUCAUGGUCGACGGCAUGGACCACGACGACCGCUACCGCAUGGUCGAGGACGAGCUGCUCGCCGUCGCCCAGACGUUCACGGCCCACCUCCACGCCGCCGCCUACCAGCGACUCAAGCGGCGGGCCCAGCAGGCCAAGGGCCCGGUAGCCGCAGCGUCUCGCUCGCUCGCCCGGCCGACGGUCACGACUGGCGUCUCGGCAGCGGCACGGGAUCGCGUGGCACGGCGCACGGCGGCGGCCAAGCAGCGAGCCAAGAAGGCAGCGGCUGUGCGUGCCGUCGGGUUGGUCCACGAUGCCGGCGAUGGCGAUGACAACCACGAAGACGACAAGGAUAACACACCCUGGGCGGGCACGGCACUGCACGAUCUGAUGGAGAGCGACCCACGCAAGGGCCGACCAUCGCUGGUGUCGCUGGCAUCUGUUGCGGGGAACCGACCGUCGGCCGUUGUGCUAGGCAGCCGUGUUGGAGGUGGGGAAGUCGACGACGACGAUGACGACGACGACGACCUGGAUGGACCGCCUGUGAAGCAGAAGACGACCGCCCGGCCACUCACAUCGUCACCAUACGUCCCUCCACGCUCACCGCGACACCCAGUGGCCACCACACCUGGCCAAAAUCGAAUAGCAGCCGCCCGAGACGGCCCACCCGACAAGAGGUCCGUCUCGUUUGCGCCAGAUGUCCAAGCGCGGGAUGUACAGGCCAGGCAUGAGACGGAGGGUGAUGACGAAGAUGAGGAAGACGACGACCCUGCCGACCUCGACGAUGCAGGUGACUUGAUGCAGACGUUACGAAAACGACGGGCGCAGGAAAAGGCCCAUCGCCUGCACGAGAGGAAGCGCCGGCGCGAGCACAGGAGAGACGAGCAAGACAAGGGUCCUCUUGAUACGAUUCCGUCGUUUCUGUGA